UUACGAAAGAAAAAAAAAAGAGUUAUGAAAGUUGUUUCUAGUGACGCCGGAUGAUGUCCUUCAUCUCUUUUAUUUCGCCGCAGCUGCUGUAGAGAUCCACGCCGACGGCUCUGUGCGCAGACUAACAGUUACAUUCAGAGGAAUGAUGUUGGGAUCAGUGGUUGUUGGAAUAGGCAUCGCAGGAUGUGUGAGAAUGAGAGAUUUGCUCUCUCCUCUGCCGUCCAGCGCUGCUGAGAAGUUCAGCAUCAAAGGCUUUGUGUCCAGGAGGACUCUUGAAGAUCAGCAGGGUGUGAAGCAGAUCUCUAUGACGGAGGCGUUGAGCAGAGAUGACAUCCAUGUGGCCUUCAUAUGCACUGAAAACACUAACCAUGAAGAGCACAUCAGGCAGUUUCUGGAGGCGGGGAAGCAUGUGUGUGUUGAGUAUCCCAUGACCCUCAGCUACACAUCUGCAGUGGAUCUGUGGAAUCUGGCUCAGCAGAAGGGCCUGGUGCUACAUGAAGAACAUAUCGAGCUCUUCACUCCUGACUUCAAACAGCUGAAAAAAGACAUCGCUGGGAAAACGCUGGAGGAGGGAACGCUGCACUUCACAGGUGGAUCCCUGAAGACAAAUUUUGGGUUCCCAUCUUUCAGCGGGAUUGCCAGACUGACCUGGUUGGUUGAUCUUUUCGGGGAGCUGACGGUUACUGCAGCAUCUCUGGUGGAGGAGAAAGAGAACAAAUACAUGAAGCUGACGGCACACUUCCUGACCGGCCAGCAGAAACCUCUGACUUGGAUUGAAGAGCGGGCUCCAGGACUGGGCCGAGCCAAACACAUAGACCUUCGCUUCCAGGACGCCAGCAUCAAGGAGCUUCCUGCAGGUCAGCGGGAGCCGGUCGGGCUGUUCAUGCAGGAUCUGGUGCUGUUCGGCCGGAAGCUGCAGGGUGAAGUGUCUGCUGCGGAGCUCCAGGACGAGAGGAGCAGGAUCUUACACUGUCUGCAGCUGGCUGAGCGCAUCCAGAAGCUCAGUGAACACACUCAGGCCUGAAGCUGAAGCUGUCCACACCAUAAACCACACAGAAGUGUGGGAUAUAGACCGUGGUGUAGAGACAGAGUAGAGUGAAGGAUAAUAUAAUUGAAUUUAUACAUUUAUUUUCAUUAGAUUUUUUUCAACAUUGAAAAUCUGUUUGUUGUUCAAUUGCUUUUUGUGGUAGCUUG